AAGAAGAAGAUAAUGAAGAUGAGGAGGAAGAAGAGAAUGAAAGGGCAAGCAUAUCCAAGAGAAAGGCACCACGUUCAAAACACAGAUUUGCAGAAGAGGAAAAUGAUGGUGGAGAGGAGGAAUGUGACGAAGAAACUGAGGAAGAGGAAGAAAAGAAUGAAAGGGCAGGCACAUUCUAGAAAAGUGCACCACGUCCAAAAGGUGGAUGCGAAAGAGCCACUGAUCGCAAGGGGAGAGAUCGCUAUGACCAUUAUGGUACAGAUAUAUUCAGAAGUGGACGCGCAGUUCAGCCAAUCCUUAAUCCUUACUUUAUAGCAAAAAUACAAGGAAAAGGGAGAAACCAACUGGUAAUCAAAAGCCUUAUAUAUCUAUUCUAGUGAAUGAUUUUAUAGUUAGAAUUCUCAUUUAACAAGUCUCUUUUCC